GAGGCAAGGGGUUGGGGGUGGGAAGGGAAACAGAGAAAAGGCAAGUGAAAGAGAAGGGGAGGUGCAGUUUCAGAACCCAGCCAGCCUCUCUCUUGCUGCCUAGCCUCACGCCGGCCUCAUCUUCGCCCAACCGACCCCACCUGGAGUCCUAUGGCCAACUGCGAGUUCAGCCCGGUGUCCGGGGACAAACCCUGCUGCCGGCUCUCUAGGAGAGCCCAAGUCUGUCUUGGCGUCUGUCUCCUGGUCCUCCUGAUCCUCGUCGUGGUGGUCGCGGUGGUCCUCCCGAGGUGGCGCCAGCAGUGGAGCGGGUCGGGCACAACCAGCGGCUUUCCUGAGACCGUCCUGGCACGAUGCGUCAAGUACACUGAAGUCCAUCCUGAGAUGAGACAUGUAGACUGCCAAAGUGUAUGGGAUGCAUUCAAGGGUGCAUUUAUUUCAAAAUAUCCUUGCAACAUUACAGAAGAAGACUAUCAGCCACUAGUGAAGUUGGGAACUCAGACCGUACCUUGCAACAAGACUCUUCUUUGGAGCAGAAUAAAAGAUCUGGCCCAUCAGUUCACACAGGUCCAGCGGGACAUGUUCACCCUGGAGGACACACUGCUAGGCUACCUUGCUGAUGACCUCACGUGGUGUGGAGAAUUCAACACUUUCGAAAUAAACUAUCAAUCUUGCCCAGACUGGAGAAAGGACUGCAGCAACAACCCUGUUUCGGUAUUCUGGAAAACGGUUUCCCGCAGGUUUGCAGAAACUGCCUGUGGUGUGGUCCAUGUGAUGCUCAAUGGAUCCCGCAGUAAAAUCUUUGACAAAAACAGCACUUUUGGGAGUGUGGAAGUCCAUAAUUUGCAACCAGAGAAGGUUCAGGCACUAGAGGCCUGGGUGAUACAUGGUGGAAGAGAAGAUUCCAGAGACUUAUGCCAGGAUCCCACCAUAAAAGAGCUGGAAUCGAUUAUAAGCAAAAGGAAUAUUAGAUUUUUCUGCAAGAAUAUCUACAGACCUGACAAGUUUCUUCAGUGUGUGAAAAAUCCUGAGGAUUCUUCUUGCCUAUCUGGGAUCUGAGCCAGUUGCCAUGGUGGUUUUAGCUCCUUGACUCCUUGUGGUUUAUGUCAACAAUACAUAACUUGGCCUACUUGCUGGUGCAGAGCUGAAGAUUUUGGAGGGUCCUCCACAAUAAGGUCAACGCCAGAGAUGGAAGCCUUUUCCCCCAAAGUCUUAAAAUAACUUGUAUCAUCAGCAUAGCUUUUAUUGUGACUAUCAAUCGUCAAGACAAAUUAUUGUAUAAGAUUAGAAUGAAAAUUGUUUAUUAAGUUACUUCAUUUGAUUCUCAUGUGAUCCUUUUAUGUUGUUUAUAUGUUGGUAACAUCCUUUCUACUGAAAAAUGACCACACCAAACCUCUCUUACUAGAACAGUCAAGUGAAGAAAAAUGAAUGCUCAAGUUUUUCAGAAAGCAUUACAUUUCCAAAUGAAUGACCUUGUUGCAUGAUGUAUUUUUGUACCCUUCCUACAGAUAGUCAAACCAUAAACUUCAUGGCCAUGGGUGAUGUUGGUGAAAAUUACUCUGUAGGAUAUAAGCUACCCAUAUACUUGGUGCUUUACCUCUAACCCUUCCAACAGUGCUGUGAGGUUGGUAUUAUUUCAUUUUUUAGAUGAGAAAAUAGGAACUCAGAGAGGUUAUAUAUUUAAGUUGGUGCAAAAGUAAUUGCAAGUUUUGCCGUUGGAAGGAAUGGCAAAACCACAAUUACUUUUGCACCAACCUAAUAAUUUGCUGUAAGUCCUACAUUUAGUAUCAGGCUAGAGACUGAAUCUGAACUCAACUCUGUCCAACUCCAAAAUUCAUGUGCUUUUUCCUUCUAGGCCUUUCAUACCAAACUAAUAGUAGUUUCUAUUCUCUUCCAACAAAUGCAUGUUGGAUUAAAUUGACUAGAAUGGAAUCUGGAAUGUAAUUCUUCUGGAUGGCUCCAAAACACGUUUUUCUUCCCCUGUCUUCCUCCUCCUCUUCAUGCUCAGUGUUUUAUAUAUGUAGUAUACAGUUAAAAUAUGCUUGUUCCUGAUACUGGUAGCUUA